CGCUCAGGGAGAGUGGGAACAGCCGCAGAGCAUCUGAGACUCUGGACAAACCGCAUGGGUUCUGGCACCUUUCAGGCACCCAGCGAUAGGAGGGCACGUGCUGCGUUUCAGGCAUCCCUUGGAUCUGGGAAACUGACUCUCUCCACAGGCUGAAGGACACCUCGCAGCUGGGCAAACAUGGACACAGAUUCUGAGUGGCCCCUGAACAGGAGAGGUCCUCCUCCGGCACGCAAACCCCCAACUGUGACACAAAACUUCAAGCGAUUUGGCAUCCCGCUCAUUGCCACCAUCCUGAGCAUGGCCACCAUCAUUGCAAUUGCCUUCCUAAUCAAGGCAACUCUGGAACACUACUACUUCCUCUGCAGCAAGACAAUCAAGUUCAUCCCCCUGCAGCAGCAGUGUAAUGGGCAGGAAGAUUGCUCCUGGGGAGAGGACGAGGAGAAGUGCGUGCAGCAGGUCCCAGAAGGCCCACCCGUGGGAGUCCGCGUUUCCAAAGACAGAUCCACCUUGCAGGUGCUAAACAAAGAGACUGGAGCCUGGUUCUGGGCAUGUCACGAUAACUUUCAUAUGGCCCUGGCAAAAGCAGCUUGCAAGCAAAUGGGCUACAGCAGCAUCCCCACGUUCAGCGCUGUGGACCUUGCAGACACACAGGGCCUGCCCCUCAGGGAGGUCACGGUGAACAAUGGGGUCCUCCAAGGGCAAGACUCUGGCAGGCAGUGCCUCUCUGGAUCCGUCGUUUCACUCGCAUGUGGCACCUGCGGAGAAAGCGUGAAGUCUCCACGUGUGGUUGGUGGGGGCCAGGCCAGGAUCUACACUUGGCCAUGGCAGGUCAGUUUACAGCACAAAACCCAGCACCUCUGUGGGGGCAGCAUCAUUGACCCGAGGUGGAUUCUCACAGCAGCACAUUGCUUCAGGAACGAUCAGGCCCUUCAGAACUGGCGUGUGAAAGCAGGAUCCGAAAUCCUCUCCAACUCCAACACUAUCCCUGUGGAAAAGAUCUUCAUCAUUGACAGUAAUUAUAUGUUUCCCAAAGAUAAUGACAUCGCCCUGGUAAAGCUGACGUCUCCCUUAAGUAUUUCAGACACAGUUAAGCCAAUUUGUCUUCCUUUUUUUGAUGAGGAACUGCCCUCUAACGCCCCACUGUGGGUGACAGGCUGGGGCUACACACAGCAGGAUGGUACAUUGUCCAAGGCUCUGCAGCAGGCGCAGAUCAAACUGAUUGACAGCAACACCUGCAAUGCUCUCACCGCCUACCAGGGGGAAGUCUCAGAUAAGAUGGUAUGUGCAGGCCUCAUGGAAGGCGGUGUGGAUACCUGCCAGGGAGACAGCGGCGGCCCCUUGAUGUACAAUCCCGGGCACUGGCAGCUGGUGGGGAUCGUCAGCUGGGGACAUGGCUGUGGCAGACCAAGCACUCCCGGCGUCUACACCAAAGUGCAGGCCUACCUCAACUGGAUCUACACCGUCCAGAGGUCAGAGCUCUGAGGACUCCCGCAGCGGCAGCUUCCCGUCACGGCCCCUGCGUUACCCGCCUGGCUGCCCUGGUUCUGAGACCUGCUGGGAAACUAACUUCCAGCCAUUGCCCCUGGGACCUGCACAUCCCUGGGUUCACUUUCUGAAGGCCCAGCACUAGGCCAUGAUUUAGCAGCGGCUCGGGACCUUGGGGGUGGUUAAAGGGGAGCUGCAAGCAGAGGCCCCCCGUCACCUCCAGGGAAUUUACCUGGCUAAGAGCACCUCCCUGGAGAGGAGGAUAUUGCUCUCUACAGCCCCGCCGCGCCAGGAAGGUUUGCUUGGAUCCAAGCUGCUGUUUGCUCAGCCCAAUUCUACCCCAUCGCAAUGUUAGUGAAACAAGCAAAGCCUUUCCCCCGCCGGCUGUUCUCGCUCAGGAAAAGUUUAUUCUUUUUAGUAAAAGACCUUUGCAAAAGGAUGUCAUCCCUACUCUCUGCAGAGAUGGGCUAGAUCCAAACCUCUGAUCCCAGCAGAACCAGACUUUGGGGCCCAUCCAGCACCACCGGUGGCCUUAGGCAGAAAUCACUCUUUGUGGCCUGCAGAACAUGGAGGUUCUCUGACUCCUCUUUAAAUCUCCACAUUCUUAAGCCCAGCUCCAGGGCUCAGCUGGGGAAAUGGGCUGCACUGCCACCUGUCAAACCUCUUUAUUUAUUUGAAAUAAGAACCCACGAUUUUGUACCCCACCGUGGAUGAUUUUCUGUUGGCAGAACAAGUGCUGUUCUGGGCUGUGGAUGCAGAUGGCUGUUUGCUGGGAUGUGAUUGUUACCGGAAUGAGCAAUUAUAUUUAGUUCAAUAUCACCCUUAGGAGACACCAAGGCUUAUGCUGAACCCUGUAAUAACUACAGGUCCACAAACAAACGAUCUCAUGCCUUGAACAUGAGACCAGCAUGUACCCGUGAACUGAGCACAGACCUGGGAGCCAGGAACUCCUGUCUUCAAACCUGAGUCUGCCACUUAUCUCGGCAGGACAAUGGAGAUAACCAGAGCGCCUCCGGUGCAACUCCAGGGGGGCCAGCAUAGCAUAAAAGUGGUUGGCACGAGAGGACAAUUAGCCACGUGAGAAAUCUGACACAAACCGUUUGGUAACAAUGAUCCACUGGGCUCUCGGGCCAAGACUCGGCAUUUCUCCGUCCCAUGGCUCCUGCAAUGAGCCUGUGAGGCAGAAACAAAGAGCAAGUCCCUCUCCGGGGUGCAUGAGACACAAAUCAACAGGCUGAAGGUGACACUUCUGAGCAAGGCUGCAGGCGGGUGCCGGGGGCUUGGAGACUGAACCCAUGGGAAAGGAGGAAGGGAGGGAGGAAGGAAAGACACAGAGCAAAUUGUAUUUCAGGAAAGAAUUCCCAGCAAGUGGGCUGGAGAGCAAGAGUGCAACGCCAGAGGCAGCAUAUAACUGGACCCGCAGCGCUCUCUGCUGCACGGGGUCCUGGUGAGCACUGGGGCCCAGUGGAGUGUGACAGACACGACAGGAGUUUAAAAGCAAAACCAGCAAUCGCACAGCAUCUCAUUAAUUAAUGAUUGUGCCCCAGUGAGUUUCCCCAGAGCACCCUGCAGUGGGAGCCACAUGCGUCCUACUCCCAGCUCUGGCACAGGCUCCCUCAUUGGCCUUGAACAAGUCAUGUCACUGCUCUGUGCCUCAGUUUCCCAUCUGUGAAAUGGGGACAAUAUCUGCCUCUCUGGGGUGCCGGGAGGGAUAAUCAGCUAGUCCCUGUGAAGUGCCUGGAGCCCUCAGGGCAGCAGGUGUCAUGGAAGUGCCACGUUUUCUCAUCAUUGCCUGCAAAUCACACACCUGAGUCCAUUUCAGGAGCCCAAGUUCCUGUGGGUGCUAGGUGGAGCGACUCACUGUUGGCUUUAGCAGCUAGGGGCUGGAGCCGGCCGGCCACCCUUCCCCUCGGUAAAGCUUGGCACAGACACAGCCCCAGGAACGGGGUUGAUGUGUCUGUCAAGCACUACAGCAGUAAGGGCAGCAGCACGUUCCCUGACCCCACCGGGUCACAGAUGAGAAGUCCUGCCUCAAAAGGAAAUCGCUCGUGUUCAUUCCCUGCCCUUCUGGGCUCAAGCACUUCCCACAGCCCGUGCCCCCAUGGCAGUGCAGCGCCUAGUACCAGGGGGCACGCCUAGGCUCUACCACAGGUCCCAGAGCACUGUGGGCCCAGUUCAGGCCUGGCAUCAUACUCCAAUGAAGUCAAAGGGGUUGCCCCAGGGAGGGAUCUGGCCUCUUGUACCUGUCUCAGCCUGUACUAGCCAUCUGAGCUCUUUUAAAUGCUGCAUUUCCCACAACCUCUCAAAGCCACAGGCUUCCAAACACUAGUAGCCUCAGCCCCCACUCUGUGCCUGCUGCAGGCCUCCAGCCCCCCCCAUCAGCUCCUCCAGGCUCAGCGCGAGAUCUUCAACAGUGAAGGCUUUCAGGCAGGCUGCUGAGUCCACAGCCAGGCACCUAAACAGAAGGGAUCCAAAUUUCAGAGGGGCUGAGUCCCCAGCAACUCCCCAAAUCAGGCCACUAAUUUCGGUGUCUACAAAACGAUUUAGGAGCCUACUUUAAAUCUCCCAUUUCUGAAAAUCUGAGGCAGAGUCGGCUGCUGCCCCUUCUCCAAACUCCUACUCAGCCUGGUGCUGGUAGCUGGUGGGACCGGCUGCUCGAGAGGAGAACAUUGCGCGAUGGGAACCACAGUAGCAGAGAGAGGGUCGAGGACUAGCUCUUCAGAAGAAUAGAGAUUUGGUGAACAGAGACACCCAGUUAUGAGCGCAGCCGGGAAAGGAAAAACAAAAAUACCCUUUAAAAGUUCAUUUGUGUUUAGGCAAAUCCUAGUGGGUUACAGCACUCUCUAACCCUCUGCUAAUAAUGAUGAUUCCUCUGAGAUGCCAAGAUUACUCUCACCUUGCCAUGAUUCCUGAUUCCCAUGGGAAAAGGGAUGGGGUGGAGAACAAUCAGAGAGUUGAUUCCCUUCCUCUCAUGAACAAAGCUUUAUUGUGCAGAAGUAAUUAAGAAAAUGCCUUGUGACAUUCACUUGCAAACUGCAUUAUUCUAGAGAGACACUAUCAUCUUGAAUUAUCUUAAAUGACUAAUUUGUUUGGGCUUUUUAAAUCAAAUCAACUUUCUGAUAUAUCCUUAUUCUAACAAGGAUCCGGCCUAUUCACCUUUAACUUGAUCAUGGGGGUGUCCAGCAUUCCAAAUAACCUUCUGUUAGAAACACUUUGCCCUUCUACAGCACUUUUCAUCUCAGGAUCUCAACGCACCUUACAACAUUAAUUCUUACAACACCCCUUUAAAAGAUGGCAGCAGCAGAUUCCCCGGUUUACAGAGAGGUGAAGAGACUUACCUCUGGUCACACCCUGAGGAAGUAAGGGCCAGGAACAGAACCGAGAAGUCCUGAGUCCAACUCCCCUGCUAUGAUCACCAUUCAGCACCCUGGAUGGAAUGCCAUGUUCUUUCGUGACGAAAAGGAGAGCAAAGCAGCAGUUUUCCAUGUACAUCAGUCUUGUAAAAUCCAAAGUGCCUUUAACCGGCUCUGAAUAUGCUACCACACUGCUUCUGGCCCCAGGGCUUUGGAGCUGUGCUCCGUCUCCGCUCCAGCUCCAGGCAAAAACCUGCAGCUCCACUACUCCGGAGCUGCUCUGCGCUCCAGCUCUGGGCUCUGCUCCAAAGCCCUGUCUGGCACAGUGCUGGGCCUACGCUCAGGGCCACAGCCAAGAUCAUCCUGCGACCUAAUGCACUGAGCCACUCCACAGAGAAUAUUGCCACUCUAGGCUGCUGGCACGAGCCAGUGGCGGUGGCAGGAACAGAACCUAGGAGCCUGAAUGUGCAAGGCCCUGUACAAUCCCUUGCCACACUUACCCCGCCCGGCUAUUGGGCACAUAGUGACUGAGUGGCACAUGCUCAGCACCUUGUCGCCCUGUCCUGUCCUCACUCAAGCACCUAGAGUCGGGGCUUAGCUAGUGCCAACUUUCACUGUCAGCAUCGCCUUCCAGUGAACUAGUCCUACCGCCACUGCAUGCGACCCAGUGGAACCGGGGACAGCAUGCCAAGGAUGUCGCACGGCACUGCCACCGCCAGGGCUGCUUGUGGCACCAACGGUUUCUUGUGGCACCCAGGGGAGGCGAUCGCUCCACCCCCUCGGCAUUCCCUUGGGUAUCGUAUUGUUCCAAAGUGGCUGCAGUUUUAUUCCAGAGCCAGCCCUGACCUGGCGGGCAGAAGGGGAGAGAGAGAGAGAGAGAAGUGUUUCUAAAGGCGGGAUCCCCUCUCACAGCCUGACGUAAAGCACUUCAAAAUCAAUAGCGUCUCCCAGUCUUCAGUGGGCUUUGGGUCAGGCCCUUAGAUCUUCCUGCCACACCUUGAUGGCAGGCCCUCAGCUCUGGAACCAUUCCCUCUUGAUGCAUCAGUCAGAGCGUGCCGAUGCUCCAGGCGCCACUAGUCACCCAAGCAGCUGACAGGGGGUUUCUCACUUUCACAGGGGUGCUGUAAAGGUCAGGUGAUUCUCGGCUUUGCUAUGCAGCGCACAUGCCCAAAGAGUGUCCCGUGGGCUCAGCUGAGGAAGGCAGAAAGAGCGCAGGGUUUUCUCCGCUCUCACUGAUGCCAGGGGUAUGGUGAGCACGCAGGGAGAGCAGAGCAUGGGGGGUAACACACAGCUGAGCUGAGAACAGGCUUUGCCCAAUGGACGCACCUGACAAAGAUUAACAUGGUACUCGGCUCAUCCAGCUGAAUCAUUUGGAACAAAAAACCCACCCAAACAAUGACACUAAUAAUCCCUACAGCUCCCUGGGAAGGUUCACUGCUGCACAAUGCACUCACUCAGCACAGUCAGGCCUCAUGAUUCAUGGCACAGUCCAGUGGCUCCAGGGUCAGGAAGGAUUCCCACACACACACACUGCAUGGGUAAUUGGGAGAUGCUGUCUCAGGUUUUGGCCCCUCGGGGCGGGAGGCUAUCAGCCCUGACGGAUCAGCGGUGGAAUAAAUCCUGUGCUUGCUACUUCUGCUGCACUCCGCACAUCCACACGUGCAUUCACACUGAGCUUUGCAAAGAUCCCAAAUCAACAUCAGAAAGAAUCCAGGCGAGGGAGAGUUUCUCUAUUAAACUUUUAUUUCAUUCAAGGCAAAGCUAAAUAAAACUCUAUAGUGCAAAAUGUGUUUUAAAGGCAACAGACAGAAUGUUCCUCUACAUUCUGUGUUUAUUUACAACUAUAUACUAUAUGUAUUUAUAUACACAUAUACAUGUGUGUCUCUACAAUAUACACAUCCUUAACAUCCCCUCUGUUUGAAAGGUUCUAGUGGGACACCCCAUUUUAAAGAGAGGGAAUAGCUCAAGAAUUGGUCAAAUUUUCAAGCCAAUGGAACCUUCUAAGCAUGCCCAUUGUACAGCAUAUCUAAAUCCAUACAGGUACAGAAAUGUAUCUCAAAAACUGAUUGUUAAGUUUUCUCUAUUCAAGCCAGAGGAAUAAUCCAUGCAUAGAACAGCAUUGCAUAUCAUGUGGUAAGUGGAACAAUGUCCAGAUACCACGUCUAAAAAAGACUAACAGGUUAUGACAGCUAAAAAUAAUACUUAAAAAAAAUAUUUUCCUCCCCAAACUUUACUUGUCUAUGGAAGUUCUUCACAAAGGCUGGACUGGGGAUUUCAUGGGGCAACUGGAAGAUUUCGUGUCUUUUGGUCUAAAACGUCAUGAGCGAUGAUGAUACAUUAAUAAUACUUUGCAUUUAUACAGCACCUUUCGUCCAAGGAUCUUAGAGCACUUUACAAACAACCCCUGAGACAGGUCAGUGUUAUCAGCCCCAUUUUAUAGAUGGGGAAACUGAAGCACAGAGAGUGUCAAAUGAUUUGCCCAUGUUUACCCAAAGCAGAGCCGGGAACAGAACCCAGGAGUCCUAGCUGCCUACUCUAACCAGUGGACAAGACUGUCAACCACAAAGCCUACCCUUCCAGAGCACGUCACCUUUGCCCUGCACCUUGUGAAGCUCUGUGCCCUGGUGUAAGCGACGAGGCCAGGUGCAGCACAGCCGCAAAUCACUCCCCUCUUGAAAGGCACAGCCACCGAUGCACCAGCACAGGGUGCUUCUUAGGUUUCCUCUAGUCCAACAGCUCCUGCGUUUGCAGACUUGAGCGCAGUUACAAGCAGGCAGGUGGGACUCCGUGUCAAUCACGCUCAGAUUCAAAUAGCCGUCAUACUCCUGUCUGCAGAUGAAGUGGCACCACAUCCCCUUCUUCUCCAGUAACCUCCCUGCACUGCUUUGGCAAGCCUGUUCGUUAACUGGGUCAGGUUCAUAAACUAACUCCCGAGCACUCCCCUGCAAUUAAAAGUUCUUACACAGCUCAUUCAGAACGGGCUCCCAUUCCGUUACAGAGCCGGAAAGCUGUUCUUGCUCCCACCCCCACCCCGCUCCUGAAAAGCCAAGACCCAGCUCUGAUUCCUGAUUCCUACAGGGGAAGGGGCUGGAGAGAACAGCAGAGUUUAGUUCCUUAGCCUUAUUAACAAAGGCAAAGAUACAGCCCACACAAGUAAUGAAGUUCGUUUGUGACAUUCAAACAACAAAUCACAUGAUUUUAAAGGGUCACAGUCAACUAGAAUUAUUUUAAAUGGCGAAUUUUUUAAAUUUCCAUUUUCAGCUAUAGCACCUUGGAAUAGCAUGUCUGGGGCUGUUUUUAAUCCCUUUCAUUUAUAUGGAGAAGGAUUUUCCAGCUGCCCAUGUACUCAAGGGUUUUAAGUCAGAGAACAACUCCAACUAUCUCAGGCCUGUCUCUGCUCCCCCUCCUGUUUCUGUCUCAGGGUUUAUAUGGCCACCCAUCACUGCAGUACCCAAGCCCCUUCAAUAGCAAUGUCCCUAGCAGACUCCGUCAUGCCUCUGGCACCUCUACCUGAACACUGCCUGCUCUCUCUUCAGUUUCAAUAUUGUUGCUGCUGUUACGGAGACGAGCCUCUUUGCAGGACUGGGGGACAGUGUGCAGGGAGCUUCCUGUCAUCAGGAUAGAGCACGAGACAGGAAGCGCCAUUGAUCAGCAACGAAUCAGCCAGGCUGACUCUAUAGAGUGUGGACAAAGUUACCAAGCAAACAGAACAGAACCGAAGAGAACUGAAAAGGUCUCUCAGUUCUCGCCAGCUGAGGGGCCAGCUGUAAGUGUCCAGAGAGAAAUCUGAUUUCCACAUUGGCGGUGAAAUACAUGCAUGUUUUACCUGAUCAGUUUCUAACCUUCCAAGUAGCUCUCUCCUAAUGACACUGUGCCCGUCUAUAGCACUUGUCAUCCAAGGAUUUCAAAGCACUUUACAAAUGGUUACUCACCUGUGAGGUAGGUCAGUAUUAUUAUCCCCAUUUUACAGAUGGGGAAAGUGAGGCACGAAGAAGCAAAGUGACUUGCCUGAGGUGUCACAGUGAGUCAGUAGCAGAGCCAGGAACAGAACCUGAGUCCUGAAUCCAAGUCCUCUAACCAUGACUAGACCACACACCCUCCCUGCAUAGCAAAUGGAGCGCCACAUUCUCUCUUAAGUGAAAGGGAAACCGAAUGAGCUGUUUUCCCCAUUUAAAUCCACUAUACAAAUUAUUUGAGUAACUAAUUAAAGCUUUGGGUAGGUCAGCUUCUUCCAUGUCUGUUACUGUAAGCGCCGAGCUUUAAAUAAAAAACAAACAAACAAAGAGUAAAACCGGAACUGAUGGAAAAAAAUACGGCAACUUCUCCCUAGAAAACCGGCCAGGUACAUGCCACGCAGUGGUGAGAGCAACUGAAUGUACAUCGGCCACAGCAGGACACAGGACAGGGUGAGCCAGCAGUCAGUGUGUAUUCCAGGCUGUUCCGCCUGGCAUGAGCGCAGACAGACAGCACAGAGCACGGGCCCUGCUCACAGGCCUACACAACACCUUUGUUCAGAUGCAUUUCAUGGUGGUUUCUUCUGCCAUUGGGCAGAUGCAGCAACUUUGACAACCUCAGCUUUUCCUGGCUCUGGGGCACGGCCUGGGAAGAUGCCUAAGCAUGUCCACAGAGCAGAAUACAAGGAGCCAUGCGGCACUUCCACAGCAUAAAAACAGGCAAUCCCACCCCGCCCCAGGGGAUGGUUCCUGGCUGAGAACCUCAGAAAUCCUGCAUGUGAACUUAGCCUUGGUGACGUGCCUCCACCCUGCCCGCGGAGCUGGGAACUUCGCGGCCUGGUUCUCUCUACAGACUCGAGCAGUUGGUGCAGACUGGGAUGCGGACCUCUGUCCAUCAGGGAUGGGCUAAAACUCAUGGCUCAAAGGCGCCACUGACAACCACCACGGCUCACCGGGUUUAAACAUGCAGCCUAGAAAUGUAGCUCCAUCAUCUGCUCCCACUCCCCAAGCUGCCGCCUUCCCCACUCGCUUUGCUGUCUGAAGCUGUGUUCCAGCAGCCCCUCACCCCGGUCUCUGUCCCUGCUGCCUGAGCAGCCCCUCACAACUGGGGCAAGGGGAGCAGGGGGACAGAACUUUGGGCCCAGUUCUUCUCCCGCGUACACCAGGUUUACACUGGGCUUACUCCACUGACUCGGUGGCGUUACUCCUGAUUUACACCCACAUAAAUGACACGGCACAGCUGAGAGGUCUGCAACACGAAGGAAAUGUAGCGUUUGGUGUGAACCGCACCCACCCAUUUCCCAAUCUCCCCUGAAGGAAGCGCCUGGUGGGGCAAGCCCAUUCACCAGCAGUCACGGGCACCAGUUCUCUGGCCUUUCAUGCCCCAUCACUCACUUCCUGGGCAUCAGGCAGGCAUAGGACAGGAGAAUCAGGCCUGGUGCCUGACAGCAAUCAUCUCGCGGCCCGGGUUUACACACGCCAGCACAUCAGUCUGGAGCCAUGGCCUCGUCCCCAGCCAGCCUCUGGCCACUCUCCCCGCACUUGGACGUUUUCACUUUCUGCAGCACUAACUCUCAUGAUCAUGGCCACUGAGGCACUGACACGAAGCCCAACGACGUCAAGAGAAAGACUGACUUCGGUGGGCUUCUUGCAUUGCUCAGGGCGGCCCUUACCUAGCACUGGCCUCCCGGGCUCUCCAGUCCCAUCGCUGGAGUUCCUCGUUAAUACGCAGCCCUCUAGCAGCCAAAGCCCCCAGGCAAACAACGCGCCCAGCUCCUCUCUAAGGACACCGCGGCCGCACUGGCUUCUCUCGGGGUGGCCCUGGCCCCACUUGGUUCCGUUCCAUGAGGUGCACUUGUUCCCAGCACAUCCCCCUCAACUUCCGCUGGCAGAAAAAUCCCCUGUGGGGCUGGUGCUAAUUAAACAAAUUCCCGAAGGAUUCCCCAGUCCGCCUGGAUUGGCUCCUUCAGAAGAUACUGUGCUUAGUACAAUCUCCAGCUCCAUUCAUGUGGCGCCCUAUGGCGCAAGGCACCCUGACAUGGCAGGGGUGUGCAAACCUGUUCCUUACAAUCUGGUGCUCCCCACCCCGGUGAGGCUGAACAACGCAAAGAGCCUGCAGCUCUGCUUGGUUAUGCAGCACUGCAGGGACAGGCAGGCAGCACCCAGGCCGAUAAGGCGCUCGCUGCUAAAACAAAAACAUUCCCAGCACUGCGGGUGUCACCAAGCAACACGGCAACUCUUUGGUAAAGCCCUGUGUUCCCUGGGAUGAGACAGGACUGUGUUUGGUGGAGAUGCGACCAGGGUCACAGGGCAGAGCUCCGGGAGAUGGCUGAGCCCCAAAGGGACUGGGGUGCGUGUUUGGUAGGGAAUGUCAGACCGCUCGGGGACAGGACAUGUUUGGUACCUCACCAGCACGUGUGGGAGACAAAACCUCCCAGGGCGGAUGUCACAAAGCAUGGCACCAGUUCUGCACCAGCACACCCAGUGAGGGCAUGGGGCUGCAGGAGCCAAUCAGCAUAGGGAAGAAGAAAGGAUGCCCUGGUCGUUCCACAGAAAGCUCCAGGGCUCUAGAGGGAGUGGCCGUGCCAGGGGGUUUGUACCGGACCAGGAAGGGUGACAAUAUCCUCACCGCCACCCUGUCCAUCUGGGACAACAAGGGGACUCUAAGGGGCUGCUCCCGUGCAGCUCACGGGCGUCACUGGGCCUGGGCACACGUAACAGAAGGCAGAAUGUGGGCCUGGCUAUUUGGGAACAUUGCUAAUGCAGCCUGGAGGGGAUGGCAGUGCCGUGCUCCAGCGCCCGGCUAGGACCCACUGUGGGAUCUGGACUCCUUUUCCCCUGAGUGCUGCUCAGGGAGCAGGGGAGUCGAGAUUUCUGAAGGUAAAAGCACAGCCAGCACUGGACCCAACCAGCCACUGCCCUCAGCUUGUGGGCUGGGACCCACUUUGUCAAUAUUUCCUCUGUCCCAGGAGGACAGUCAGAAACCUGAAGCUUGUCAUCCCAGCUGCCUCUUUCCAGGUGCGCCCGUUGCCGCGGUGUCCUGGCAGAGUCACAAGGACCCUCCAGAAGGGAGAGAACAAGAAUUACACACACGUGUCCCAGCUGCCCUUCCUCCACACGCAGCACUGCUGCCAGCAGGACAGGGAACACUCCAGAGCAGAACAAGUGCCCUCACCACGAGCCAGGCGAGUGCUAGUGACAAAGUGCAAGCAGAGGAAUGAAUCCUCCC